UUCUUCUCUCUCACCGCGCUGCGCUGCAAGCAAUAAGAAUCGGAAAAAACCGCAUUAAAAUCGCUGAAAAAGUGCACAAAUCGGUUUAAAAUAUUUGCCAAAUUACUAGUGUUACGCCCAUUUCGCGAGUUUUAUCGAAUUCCGAAGUCCGUAGGUUUUUUCAAGAAGGCCAACAACAGCAAGAAAAACUAAAAGAACAUUGGACAAAGUGGGAUUUACCUUUUAAAUGGCAGCCACUACAACAUCAACAACCACAACAUUAGCAACAACCACCGGCAAUAGCAGCACCAACAACAGCAGCAGCAUCAACAGUGCCAGCAGCAGCAACAAUAAUAAUAUUCUAACGGUACAUACCGUUCUUAACACUCCCACCGGCAUUGCGGCCGCUGCCACAGCCGGCGUCGCUGCCUCCGCCGCAGCCGACGCAGCCACUGUUGCCAUUGCCAAGGACAUGUUGCAGCUGCACCACGGCGCAGCAGCAGCAGCCGCGGCGGCGCUGAACAACAACAACAAUAGCAGCAACAGCAGUAGCGCCGAGCUGAUCAACAACAACAACUCAGCAAACCACCCACCUGCCAGCACCACCACCCCCUCCGCCUCAGCCACCGCCAGCGCCUCACCUCCGCCGUAUGGAGAGCUACGGUUUAACCAGGAGGUGCUGCCCAUCACGGACGCGGUGACAGUGAUCGGACGCAACUCCUCCACAUCGCUGGUCCACUUUAACGUGGCCGAGAACAAUCUGGUGUCGCGGAAGCACUUCCAGGUCCUCUUCGACGUGGAACUGCGCGCCUUCUUUGUUCAGUGCCUCAGCAAGAAUGGUAUAUUCGUGGACGACUUCCUGCAGCGCCGUAAUGUUGAUCCAUUGCGUUUGCCGCAACGCUGCUACUUUCGUUUUCCUAGCACGGAGAUUCGGAUUGAAUUUGAAAGUUACAUGCCCGCCCCUCCAUCGGAUGCUACCGGCACUCACUCGCCAUCCUUGGUCGUGAGCAGCGUAGGUGGCGUAGGUGCCGGGGGCGCCCAUGUCAUCAUAACCCCCCCUCCAAGGGACGAUUUGCAGCAGCAGCAGCAGAUACACCAUCACCAUCACCAGCAGCAGCAAAUGCAGCAGCAGCACAUCCACCAGUCAGCGCAGCACCUGCCGCUGCAACAGCAGACGGCACACCAACCACUCCCGCAUACACCACACCACCCGCUUCACCACACAGCUCUGCAACAGCAGCAACAACAACAACGCGCCGGUAACAUAGUGGUGGGGCCUCCGACGGGGGCAGCAGCCCACCUGAUAGCCGCCGGUGAUGGACCCGGUAUCUACUCACCGCUCAAGAUAUCCAUACCCAAAAAGGAGCAAAAGAGUCCCUACCUGUCACCAACUGGUACAAUAAGCGCUGCCAACAGUUGUCCGGCUAGUCCACGUCAGGGUUUCAUUCAGAAUCAGCCCAACAAUUACAACAAUUACAGUAACAACAAUACGCAGGAUCUGUUCCAGACUCCCUCCACAGCCAGUUACAAUCACAACGAGAAGCCUCCGUAUAGCUACGCCCAGCUGAUCGUUCAGGCAAUAUCGGCCGCUCCAGACAAGCAGCUGACGCUCUCGGGCAUUUAUUCGUUCAUUGUCAAGCACUAUCCGUACUACCGCAAGGAGACAAACAAGGGCUGGCAGAAUUCCAUACGUCAUAAUCUCAGUUUGAAUAGGUAUUUCAUCAAAGUGGCACGCUCCCAGGACGAGCCGGGCAAGGGUUCCUUCUGGCGGAUCGAUCCGGACAGCGGCGCCAAGUUAAUCGAUCAUAGCUACAAGAAGCGUCGCCAGCGGAGUAGCCAGGGCUUCCGUCCGCCUUACGGAAUGCCCCGGUCGGCGCCGGUAUCGCCCAGUCACAUGGAUAAUUCUCGCGAAAGUUCUCCGUUGCAAGAUAUCGUGCUGCAGUCCGCUCCUGGCUCGCCGGGAAUGUCGCUGGAACAGCGGCCAGCUGAUGCCGAAAUCUACAACUCUCAAAAUGCACACCAGCAGCAACAACAGCAGCAGCAGCAGACGCUGUCAAACAAUUCCAAUCAGUACAGCGGCAGUUCGUACUAUGUUACCAAUCAAAACUCUGGCGUUGAGGCCAGCAACGCGAGCAGCGGAGGCGGCGGGGUUGGAGCUUUGAUUGCGGUAAAGCGCAACCAUGUAAUGGCCGGCGGGGCAUCGCAACAUUCGUUGCACCAGCAGCAGGCGGUAGUGCAACAGCAGCAUUCAGAGAUUAUCUACGAGGAGUUGCCAACCGACUACAGUGGCCAUAUCGAGGCCAGCGAGGAGGAGUGCGUCACCACUGCCACUGCCACCGAAGCCACCGUUGCCAAGCGACCCAAGUACGUGUCCGAGGUGCUCUGAUGCGUGCGGAUCCAGAAGCACCGGCAAAACAAGGGCAAAUAGUGGGCCCCCGGCGGGGUGGAAACGAUUAGAAAGCAAAACAAAAAGUAUCUCCAUCUUGUAUAUUGAAUUUGCAAAUACUAAACCUAUACCACAAUCCAGAAUCAAAACCAUUACAAAAGCGAACGUACAAGAACGCAAGCGAAGCAAAGCAAGGCAAAUGAAGGGAAAAUUGUAUAAAAAUGAAUAUGGAACCAUUUAAUAUAAUGGCAACUGUGAGAUUGUGCUUAAAAUGUACCGUUCAACGGCGGCAACUCUGCAUGGCAAGUGCACCCUUUUCGAAAUUCGAUAUUCGAAAUCCGAUUCGAAGUUACGACUCCUUUUAACCCCUUUAGAUCUGACGAAUUCAAUAUGCUCGAUGACGCUACUCUCUAAGUAAUAAUAAUACAUUUUAAGUUUAAAGUGAGGUAAAGCAGCAGGAAAACAAAGCAAACAAAAUUAUAUACAUAGAUAUAUGCGAUUGAUUAUAUUGUAAUGAUUGAUGAUUAUGAUUGUUUAAGAUGUUAUAGCUAUGUGACCGAGAUAGUUGGGGGGAAAAUCAAGCAACAACCACAAACCACACAAGUAACAAACAAAACAAACAGGCGAAUGAAUAUUAUUACCUAUCUACAUACCUUUACCUAUAUCGAUUUAAAUGUAAUAUAUAUAUAUAUAUAUAUAUAUAUAUAUAAUUAUAUAUAAAAAAAUUAAAAUACAACAUUAAUACAAAAAGAUGAAAAUUAAUAAGUAAUAUCUACAAAUUUACGGAUACAACAACAAUAACAACAUAUAAAGAAUGAAAAAAUUGCACACAUUAUUAUUCUUAUUAAUGAAGAAAAUCCCAUUUAAGUGUUUGGACAAAUUGUGUAUUAAAA